CCGCCGCUGAGUGAGUUAGGGCGAGUUCCAUCUCGCCCCCAGCCCCUCACCCAGCCGCGUUGCCUAAUGAACCCCGGGUGGGGAGGAGAGCGGAUGAAGGAGGGUGCUGAGAUGGGGGCCACCAGGUAGAGCUCUGAAGGCCCGUGCGCCAUGGCCCUCUUCGGGGCCCUCUUCCUGACUCUGCUGGCAGGCGCUCACGCCGAGCUCCCGGGCUGCAAGAUUCGCAUCACCUCCAAGGCGCUGGAGCUGGUGAAGCAGGAAGGACUGCGCUUUCUGGAGCAAGAGCUGGAGACCAUCACCAUCCCAGACGUGCGGGGCAGAGAGGGCCAGUUCUACUACAACAUCUCUGAGGUGAAGGUCACAGAGCUGCAGCUGACAUACUCUGAGCUCCAUUUCCAACCGGAGCAGGAGCUGAUGCUGCAAAUCACGAACGCCUCCUUAGGGCUGCGCUUCCAGAGACAGCUUCUCUACUGGUUCUUGUAUGAUGGGGGCUAUAUCAACGCCUCCGCCGAGGGCGUGUCCAUCCGCACCGCUCUGGAGCUCUCCCGGGAUCCCACUGGCCGGAUGAAGGUGUCCAACGUCUCCUGCCAGGCCUUUGUCUCCAGAAUGCACGCAGCCUUUGGGGGAACCUUCAAGAAGGUGUAUGAAUUCCUCUCCACGUUCAUCAUCUCAGGAAUGCGCUUCCUCCUCAACCAGCAGAUCUGCCCUGUGCUCCACCAUGCAGGGAUAGUCCUGCUCAACUCUCUCCUGGACACAGUGCCUGUGCGCAGCCCUGUGGACGAGUUCAUUGGCAUUGACUACUCCCUCCUCAAGGACCCUGUGGCCUCCAGCAGCAACCUGGACAUGGACUUCCGGGGAGCCUUCUUCCCCUUGGUAGUGGGGAACUGGAGCCUGCCCAACCAGGCAGUGGAGCCCCAGCUGCAGGAGGAGGAGCGGAUGGUGUAUGUGGCCUUCUCUGAGUUCUUCUUCGACUCUGCAAUGGAGAGUUACUUCCGGGCGGGGGUCCUGCGGCUGUCACUGGUGGGGGACAAGGUGCCCCACAACAUGGACGUGCUGCUGCGGGCCACCUUCUUUGGGAGCUUGGUCCUGCUGAGCCCGGCGGUGAUCGACUCCCCGCUGAAGCUGGAGCUGCGGGUCACGGCGCCGCCGCGCUGUACCAUCAAGCCCUCGGGCACCACCAUCUACGUCACUGCCAGCGUCACCAUCGCCCUGGUCCCGCCCAACCAGCCCGAGGUCCAGCUGUCCAGCAUGAUUAUGGACGCCCGUCUCGGCGCCAAGAUGGCACUCCAGGGGAAGGCGCUGCGCACGCAGCUGGACCUGCGCAAGUUCCGAAUCUACUCAAACCAGUCUGCGUUUGAGUCACUGGCAUUGAUUCCGCUGCAGGCCCCUCUGAAGACCAUGCUGCAGAUUGCCGUGAUGCCCAUGCUCAAUGAGCGGACCCGGCGCGGGGUGCAGAUCCCACUACCUGAGGGUAUGAGCUUUGUGCGUGAGGUGGUGACGAACCAUGCGGGCUUCCUCACCAUCGGGGCUGACCUCCACUUUGUCAAAGGACUGCGAGAGGUGAUUGAGAAGAACCAUCCUGCUUAUGCCAGGGACCCCCAGGCAUCCAGUGCUCCGCCACCCUCCAUGACAGCUGCCUGAGCCCUGAGCCCCCAUCCCGGGAACUGACAUUUAGGACUCCAGCCCCUCGCAGCCCCUCCCUCUGCCCCAUGCACAUGCUGCAACAUCCCUCUCUAACCCCCAGUGCCACAGAGAAGACAGGAUUUUAAGCUGUACCUGAUUUAAUUCCAUAAUCACACUCAAUCCAGAAUUAGUCCACCCACCCCGCUCCCCCAUGGGCCAUCCAGAGCCCAGCUGGGUUCCUGGGGUGGGAUCAGUGCAUCAAGAGGGGCAUUCCUUAAGCAGGGGAGGGGGCCAGGCCCCACCCCAGGCAGGAACUGUGGCAGGAAUAAAGUGCUAACUCACCCCUA